CCUCUUCCAACGCACCACCAGAUAUCCACGCCCCGACAAUGGCAAGCAGUACGGGUAAAGAAAAUAUUGCUGAUGGGCUUAUUGCAAGCUCAUCCUUUGCCAAAGCGCCUUCUUUAUCUCCCAAGAAAUCUUCGAGGAAGACGCGCAGCAAGAGCAUUGGCCCCGGUGGUCUUGGAGUUCUCGAAGAGCCCGCCUUGAAGGAGAGCACUGGAAACCGGCGCAUGUCUGCUUUCAUUCCAGCCGUCAAAUCUAUUUUAGCCUCGAACGACGAGGAUGAGAAGAAGCGCCGAGAAGCACGGCGCAAGUCUUUAGCAAAACGACGCGUCUCUUUUGCUCCAGAAGCCACGCUGCAUACCUGGGAUGUGGUUGAAUACCUACGUGAUGCGACCACGUCUUCUGCUUCCUCCGAAGCCACCCGGCGAGCAUCCAAUGUCUCGCAAGCCUCGACGCGCGCAUCGCCUACUCCAGACUCCGACCCCGAAGAAUCUCCUUCGACCCCCCCGGAACAGGUCGAGGAACCGGAAACACAACUAGGAUCUUCUCCAGCAAAUCAGCGUGAUUUACAUCAGAAGAAACACCGGCGCCGAAGUUCUGGUAUCCCCCCAAUGGACUUCAAUAACCCGGACGAUGUAUUUUCGUCCAGCCCAUUAAGCGGCGACAGCAGCUCGCCGGACGGAAGCGAUGACCUAAGCAGCCCUUCAGACGUUGACAAUGAAACUUCCAAGAUUAACAGCCCGUCUGAGUCUCACGAUUCCUCGGAGAGUAGCUCUAGACUCGACGCUGCCUUGAGACAAGCUACCGCUCAUGCAGGCACCCAGAAGCUUGAGCUUGACGAGACUGGUGAUAUCUCUAUGGAACUUGCGGAAGACGAGAUCACGGCGGCUUUCAAACCGUGGGCUAAAAGGACGACGGCUAGUACACCAAAGCCGCCGCAAAACUUGCCUUCGUGUCAAGAUCAAGAAAACAUCGGUCCUUUCCCGCCUGCUCCACGACCUCAAGUAACAUUUGGUGCAGCCGACAGCGAUGACGGGGAGGACAUGAGUAUGGACAUUACGCGAUCCAUAGGAAGAAUUGUCCCACAGGCCCACUCUCAAAACCCAGAGAAGGAUGAUAUGCCGAUAGAUCUCACGCAGCCUAUUGGAAGCAUUCAACAAUCUAUCGCGAAAGAGCCAGAAACCCUACGAAAAAGCCUCAAGCGCCGUCGAUCAUCACUGCUUAACACAUCUCAAGGGAGUCCCGCAAAACGACCCGCGAGCCGCAGGACGAGUUUGCGACAGAAGAAGCAAUUCAGUGAGAUCUUAUCACCAGAUGAUCAGACGAUGGAUCUCACGGUCGCCAUCGGAGGCAUCAAGAGCAAUUCUCCACUAGAGGACCGCGCUCGGCGAAACAGUGUCGACACAUCCUUUGGCGAUGAGACAAUGGAUUUUACUGUUGCCAUCGGCAGCAUCAAACAAUCUGCCCCAGCCGUAAAUAUGACUUCGAACAGUGACAAUGAUUCUGAUAUAGAUGAGGAUUUGUCUAUGGAAUUCACUAAUGUUAUCGGCGGCAUCAGGUCCUUCAGUAAGCAGACGACAGCUCCUGAGAAGCCCACCAUGGGAAUAGAGAGUACCCCAGUGAAAGUGAGAACUGCUACCCCUCAAAAAUCACCGAGGAAAUCACCAGGACACCCACGACCGGCUGAGAUCAAGGACUUUCGAACGACGCCAUCACCCCGGAAAAUUGCACAAGCAACUCCCCGAAAAUCGCCUGGACGACCGCGGAAGAGCCCAGCUUCAGGGAUGCCUCAAAUUGCUCUACCCGCACAGCAGAUUGAGCAGUUCGAGCCGUCACCAUUUGUACGGAGUGCCCUUCAGAGUGCUCCAAAGCCCGGGGAAGCAGUUUCGACGCCAACGAAUGGACCCCAGCACAACGAACCGCGUCAUGUACCUGAUGAUCCUAUUGCUGCUCCCAUUUUGAAUCGACGUCGUUCUUCUCUAUCAUUAGUGCAGUUCAGUCCGCUGGCAGCAAGCCGAGAGGAGCCGACUCUAAAGAGCACGGCUUUGCUCUCAAACAAUAUCAAGCUUCUCUCUACGCCUAGGAAGCAGACGUUAGUGUCUCCCAUGAAGCGCGGAUUCACGCCAAAGAAAGCGCAAACCCCUCAGAAAGCCCUAACACCCAUGCGAAAGACCCCAACUCCAAAGAAAGCUACACCAAGGAAAAGCCUAAGCCCAAAAAAGCGAGUGUUAUUCGGCGAGGAGCCGGCAACCAAUGAACCGGACAUUGAUGAGGUGGUGGAUGAGCCUGGAGAGGAAGUGGAGCGAAUUUCCCUCCAGGAAUUCCUUGACAUGACAAAGAUCCGAUUUAUGGACUUGAGCACAACGAAGCGCCGUCACACUGCUGCCCCUCAAGCUUUCCACGACAUGGAAGUCCACGAGAAGGAAGACUCUCUUGAUCGAUACGUUGUUGCGGCUGCCUGUACCCUUCCCGAGUUUGAACUCUACCAGCACGCCUGCCAUGAAAUGAAGAAGUAUAUAUCCGAUGGACGCCAUUUCGUUCGAACAAUGGAAGGUAAUGUCAUGGAGGAGAACCCAUUGCUAUUCAGCGAGUACCUCACCGCCCCUCCCGACCAACGAGGUAUUAUGGAUACUCAAUUUAAGAACCUGAAGACCAGCGCUCGGCUUGAAGCUCGAGGCGAAUGGUAUGGAUGGAGGAGCACACUGCUUCGGGAUCUGAAAGCCGGCCUUCUCGUAACGAUGGAGGGAUUCAACCGUGAUGAGUCUGUUCUUGUGGAACAGGAGAAGCUACUCGAUGCUGUACUUCCUACACUAGUCCAGCAGCAUGGACAACUAGACAUUGAGUGCAAGCAGUUGCAACAGCGGCAUGAUGAACUCAAUAGCUGUGACCGGGAAGAGUUAGAGCAGACACGAGAGCAGCUGGUUGCUACGGAUGCGGAGCUUGAAGAGAAACGGCAGCUGGUAGCCCGACUUCAAGAUGAGCUAGCCGAGAAGGAAGCACGCAUUAACGCAGUGAAGGAGCGCAAGAUUGAAUGCAUUCAAGAGAUUAAGGCAGCUGAGCGUGUGCGAGAGGAGUGCCGUGGGUGGUCUACGAGCGAAGUCAAUGACCUAAAAGGAAAAGUCAUUGCUCUGGAACAAGCACAUGGCUGGAGUAUCACUUCUGCAUCAUCGACUACCAUCACAAUGACCUAUAUGAACGAUUUAGAGCUCUACUUCCAGCCAUCCGCUUUUGCCACCGGCAAGAACACACUCAAUGCGUCCAUCUCCCUCACCUACAUUGGAGACUCUGCUACGCCACACCCUCGUCCCCUGACAACGAGCAAGCGCUUCUUCCUGCAGCUAGUUAGAGCUCACCUCCAUUGUAUAUCGCAGGCGCAGACACGUAUCGGAGAGCUUCUCGCUCUCGUCAAGAAUGGCUGGACAACUGCAUUGGCAGUGGCCGAGGGAGUCCGCUGGCUCGAACACAGCUGCAUCACUGAAGAGUUCAUCAUGUCUGACGAACGUAUGGCUAUUUCCGCAAACAUGCUUCUCCCCGCCUUACAGACCAAGGUCAAAGUCUCUUUCGACAUUGCCGUAAGCUUAAGCAUUCAGGGUGUUGAGACGGACGUCGGAACCAAGGCUGAGGUUGUAUACGGCGAAAAGUAUAGCGAGGAUAAGAUGGGCGCGUUUUUGAGGGAUUUCUGUGGGACCGAAAUCAAAGAAGAGAAGGACAUGAUGAUUUGGGCGGAUGCGGUGCUGGAUUUGGGCGGCAGAUUGAGAGCGACAGGGAGAAAGGGAGAGAGGGCGUAAGUGUGAGGACUUCUCCUCUCCUUGCGACUGUGUGGAUUUGUUAUGAUGUUGAUGAAAUUGUUUACUG